CAUUGGUUUUCUAGUUUUAGAAAAUAAUUAGUGUUGGAAACGUCAUCAUUUCAUGUGGUUAUUACGUUUUUCGCAUCCAAUGUAAAUAAAAUGUCUUCAACACAUGAACUAAAAGACGUCAUUAAAGAUACAUUAGAGAAUAAAGGAACACUAGGACAGAUAAAAGCCAGGAUAAGAGCUGAGGUGUUCAAUGCACUGAAUGACGAAAGUGAAAAUAAACCUCAACUUAGCAAUGAAAAUUUGAUUAUAAAUGAACUCAUCAGAGAGUACCUAGAUUUUAACAAGUACAGAUAUUCAUCAUCAGUGUUGGUAGCUGAGUCAGGACAACCAAAUGUUCCAUUAGACAGAGGAUUUCUAAGCAGAGAACUGAAUAUCAGAGAAGACAGAAAUUCUAGCUCAGUACCUUUAUUAUAUGGGUUGGUAUCUACAUAUCUCAAAGAAAAUAGAAAACCAACAGGUCGAGAGGCAUCACCACAGAGAAAUCAGGGUCCAGGAAGAGGAGCUUUUCUAGAGCAGCUUAGGCAAGACUUAGGUCAAAGAGAAGAUGAAGAUGCUGUGAUAAUAAAACGAUGAAAAGACGGACAUUAGAAUAUUUGGUCCUUUUUAUUUUGUCAAAUCAUAGUGAUAAGAAGAAAAGAGAAGGCUAACACCCACAACACAAAAACAAAACAGACAAUUUUUGUAUGUUCAAAGACAUUCUGAACUAGUUUGUACAUGUAUUUUUGUUUGUAUAUCUAUUUAUUUGAUAGUAUAACUUGAAUGUAUGCUAUUGUUAGUGAUGAGUAUAAAGCCAUUAAAGAAGAGACUACCUUUUGAAACUUCUUUCCUUUGUCACAAAAGUGUAAUAAUGAUAAGGAUUUUUUUACAUAAAAUUGACUUUUGUAUAUAUAUUGUUAAUUAUUUAUAUAGUUUUAUAAUAAACAUCAGAGCAUUU